UUCAAUCUUCAUAAAAGUUCAUUGCAAGCUUCGUCUCUCUUUUUUCUAGAAUCCAGUCAACUCGGCCACAGAUCAGGGCCUUCCUCUCUGCAAUCAUGGUUCUUCACGGGCAAAUUUCGGGAAUCGAGCUUCCCGCCACCGAUGUCGUUCGUGCUACGUGCUUGGCCUCAUGAUUGCGAUGAUUACGACACCCAUCUCCCCCUUUUUUUGAGGUGACCGCUUUUUUGCUCGUGCAUUCUUGCGCCGCUUUGUACUUCGGUAGUUACUAACGCACUUCUCACUUCGCAGCGGCCAAGUUCUACACCGAAACGUUUGACUGGAAGUUCCAGGCGCCGUCAGCUGGGAUCCCCGCCGACAAGAUGCAGACCUUUACCGCUCCCGGCGACAUCUUCCCGGAUGAGGGUGUGGUGUCCAAGGUUGACGAGAUCCCCAAGUCCGGCGCCCCGAAAUUCUACAUCAAUGUCGAUGACUUGAAAGCAGCAAUCGAUGCUGUUGUCAAAAAUGGUGGCAAGCAAGUGAGCGAUGUCAUCUCGCUCAGCCCGCAUGUGCCACCCUUCCAAUUCUUCCAAGAUACCGAGGGUAACAGCAAUGCCAUCUGCACUCGUCCUGGGAAGUAAAAAGAUACCUCUGGGAAUGGCAUGCUGUGGUUUGGCUAUGGGCGUUCGGUCACAUGAGAUAAGUCGAAAAUGGACUCAGGUGCUUUUCGCCGAUGGGAAUUUAUACAGCCUCACCGAGUCCUGCAGGGAAAUAGCACCCGAUCGAGUGUACAGGUAGCAUUCGUGUAGUUAUACGCCUAGAAUCAAUGCAUCGGCUCAUACUACCGAAAAUGA